CAGAGCAGCUGAGCCAGAGCCCAGCCCCGCUUGCUCGAGCCGUCAUGGACAAGGCCAAGAUGCUCGAGCUCUUCGGCUCCGACUCGGAGGGUUCGGACGACGAGCCGGCGCCUCCCAGCGGCGGCGGCGGCGGGGACGACGCGGGGGAGGGCGUCGACGAGGCCGACCUGUUUGGGAGCGACGGCGAUGACGACGAGGACGGAGGGCAGGCGGCGUCGGCGCCGCAGGUGCCGUCGGCGCCGCCGCUGCACUACGAGCUGCCCGCGCUGCGCCGCCCGCCCGCCGGGAGCGAGCUGCUUAUGGUGCGGAUGCCAAACAUCCUCAAGGUCCAGCCGCGUCCGUUCGAGUCGGACAAUCCGGAGUGCCUCGAGAAGGAGCUCGGCGAUCCGUUCCAAGUGGACGGCGACGGAGAUCCGCGCUACGAGGUGCGCGGGGAGAACGUCAUCCGGUGGCGCACCAAUCCCGACACGGGAGGGCGCCAGUCCAACGCCAAGAUGGUUCGCUGGUCGGACGGCUCGACGACACUCCACGUCGGCAACGAGGUCCUCUCCGCGCCGAAGCAGCGGCUGCCCGGCGGCGGGACGCACCUCUACACGCGGCACAAGGGCUCGAACCUCGAGUGCCACGGCACGAUGGAGCAGCGCAUGCUCUUCCAGCCCGUGUCGAUCGACUCGAGCACGCACCGCGCGCUCACCAAGCACAUUGCCAAGAGCUGGGAGGGCAAGAGCAGCAAGGGCGGUCGCUCGAUCAUCAUGACGGCGACGACGGAGGCGCCGGAGCUGGAGAAGCAGAAGAGGGAGAAGCAGUGGGAGGAGAAGCGCCGCCUGGACCUGCGGCAGUCCUCUCACCGCCGCUCGGAGGAUGGGGGCGAGUCGGAGGAGGACUCGGAUGAGUUUGGCGCCAUGGACGACGACUGAUGUGUGCGAUGUGCCGCUCCGGUUUCGCCGGGCUGUCGUUCUUAUCCGUCAUUAAUCUACAUAAAGCUAAAAGGAUAAAAGCA